AUGGACUAUUCUCGUGCAGGCAAGAUUCAGCGCCAGGCCUCGCUGUCUGGCUCAGCUUCGCAGCGCUCAGAAGAGUUGGAUCAGGCCCACAAAGCCAUGUUCGAGUCCGGCCUUUCCAUUCGCAAGGCCGUCGCCGGCCCUGAAUAUGUGGAAAAAGCCCUCUCGACUUACUCCUCGGACUUUUCCCGUCCCAUGCAAGAAUACGUCACCGAAGCUUGCUGGCACAGCAUCUGGUCUCGCCCAGGGCUUGAACGCAAGACAAGAUCUCUACUCAAUAUCGCGAUGCUGUGCGCAAUGGGGAAAGAUGUGGAGCUCGGCGUGCAUGUAAGAGGGGCUAUCAACAAUGGUGCAAGCGAGGUGGAGAUCAGAGAGACACUACUACAGGCAGCUUGUUAUGCAGGCAUGCCGGCUGGGAUCGCAGGCUUUAGAAUUGCAGAGAAGGUUCUUAACGAGAUGAAAGCGGAGAAAGAGGCUCAAAAAGCGGGAACUACCAAUUGA